AAAAUCUGUGUGAGACGAGACGGAUCCCCUUUGUCCUCUCAGCGCCCGCAUCGGCGGCGCCGGCGAUCCGCCCCUGCCUCUUCUUCCCCGCCGACUCGCUGCUGCCAAUCCCCCCACCCCACCAGUAGUCCGACUCCGAGUCGCGCCACCACCAUCCUCCUCUUCCCCGACUCGACCGAUCCCGUGUUCAAAAGGCAAGGCAAUCUAAUCCCCAAAUCCUGCCCUAGCCUGUUGCGGCGAGCUCAACACCUCCAGAUCCAUGGCGCUCCCCACCUUGCCCUUCAAUCCCUCCACCCCGAUGGGCCCCGGGUUUCCCGACUCGGCCAUCCUCUGCAGGGUGGCGCGUGUGUCGGCGGACUGGAACGCGACCACCGCCGAGUGCCGCACCGAGGACGGCCAAGCCGUGGAGGUGUCCUUCUGGCUCGUCGACCCGCCGGGCAUCUCCUACUUCUCCGUCAACUGCCCCGGCAUCAAGCACGAGUACCACGCCUGGCUCAUCUGCGCCGAGGACGCCUUCGUCCUCUUCAGCCUCAAGUUCUGGGGCCCCGCCCGCUUCUUCGUCUACACGGCCGGGAAGCAGUCCCUGCGGCUGCUCCCAAACCCCAACCAUGCCUACUUCGGCGGGCAGCAGUUUGGCCUCUUGCCUUGUGGUGACGCCGACGGCGAGCACUUUGCCGUGGCCUUCCUCGACCUCAAGUGGAAUAUCCAAAACGAUGUUUGCCGAUUUGAUGCCUAUGUCUUCUCGUCUCAAACGCAGGCAUGGACGACCAGGAAGGCCCACUUAUCAGACCCUGCUGACAAGCCAUUGUGUUGUCGACAUGCCUUGUUCGAGCAGAUCAGGGUUGGAGCAAGCGCGCUGGGCUGGGUUGAUACCCGCUAUGGCAUUCUCCUUCUGGACGACCUGUUUGGCAGGCAUCCUGUCGUCAAGAUAAUCCCAUUACCAGUGACAACCGUUGGCUUGCCCGAGCCAACCAAGCCGUAUGACUAUUACUGUGCCCCUGAGUACUUUUACAAUGUUGCCUGCUGCGAUGAUCUCAUCAAAUUCGUCCACAUCAAAUACGAUGACCCUGAUGCCAUGACCAGAGGUUCAGGUUGGAAAGCCACAAUGUGGAAUAUGAAGGUCUCUGAGCAAAAUUGGUGCGAGCGCUACACAGUUGAUGUUGCCAAAAUCUCGGUUGACAAAAGCUUUCCUGCUAAAUUGCCUGAGCUGUGGGAUGAUGAGACUCAACAACUGCAGUUGAAGAACCUGAUGUUCCAAGGCCCGAUUCUGAGCAUGCUCAAUGACGAUUUGCUUUACAUGAUGGCCAAGGUGAAUGAUGAAGACGACACAGCCUGGGCCAUCACUAUUGACAUGAAACAUGCAGCUCUCAAGGCACUGGCAAAGUUUUCUGUCAAACCGAAGCAACAACUCCUCACUACACUCUGCUUCUCAUGCGUCUUCCCCAAGUACCUCAACAUUCCCCCAGGGACAGAAAUGUAUGAUCCCAUGGAAAUGCACUUUAAGAGGAUGAGUUUGGCGCAGUUUGUUAUGCAAGUGCAGCAGACUCGAGAAUGGUUUAGGGAACUUGAUCUAUUCUUAGAUUGUGACUUGCCAACUUACAAGGAAUCCAAAGCACUGCUUACCGAGUGUUGCCCAGUAUCCUCUUUGUGUGUACAUAUUCAUGCGCUACUGAAAUAUGCUACAUGCACUGAUGAAGCCUCCAAUAAUAUGCAACAUCUCUUACGUGCAUUUGAGGGUUUUGAUAUGCUGCUAACCGAGUCAUUUAAUGAGGAGGCAAGUGAUGAGACCCUGAGGAGCAAAAUCAUUGUGGCCCUUCCAAUUUUAGACAAUCUUCUGCAAAGUAUGCUACCAUCAGUGACUCCUGAAGAAAGGUACCAAGGAGUAGGAAUAUUUGAACAAUAUGAGAAGUCAGGCUAUACGAAGAAGGGCCACCAGUCGUUUGGCUCUAAUGCUGAGAAGGUUCGCCACAGCAAGAAGCGAAACCGUGCUAAGAAAAGGACUCACAAGCAGCAGCAACAUAUUUUCAAGCGCAAUAACUUUGGGGGGAAUGUGGCUUUGAACCGCUGGUGGUACUUGGACGGCUGCAUGCUGAUGUCUGUUGGUAUGUUGUCACUUUGCUGGAUGGCAUGGAAGAUCUUGCAGUAGAUACUAGCUUAGGGCUGCUUUCAGGCUGCUUUCGUCCUGCUCUUUUGCCUUUCAUAAUUGUCCUGUCCUGAAACCACCCUACGGAAUCAUGUACAUGUUGUAGCCAGGUUUCGGGGUGAGCAAGUUGGCUGCAGCUUGCUGCUGAACUAAACAGUAUAUUACCAUAGUCACCUGCUCUUUCGGUGCAUCGUAUCUUGAACGAUAGUUCUGGCAGUAGUUAGUCACCUGCUCUUUCGGUGCAUCGUAUCUUGAAUGAUAGUUCCGGCUGUGGUUAAUGUAUGAACAUGAUGCGGUCUUUUUUCUUGAUAAUCAUCUCCUUUAUUCA